AUGGUCUCUACUGAUGACUUGGACGACCUAGACACGGUCACAGUCUGCUCUUUUGACGACGAUACCAAUUCGACGCCUUCAGAGAAGGAUCAUGACACUACUCACGCGCACCCCUCCCCCGAGCCUGAAAGUAUCAAGCCGAAAGUGAAGAUACCAUCUCCUUCACCCUCCCGCUCCACGCUUGCAUCAACGCACCGCAUCAAGUCGUCCCCUCCUGAUCAAAAGAUUCCAGUAGACCACGCUACCGACGGAAAAAGCAGCGACAAUGACUCCUUCAACGAAGGGGAAGCUGUCUAUAAAGAGUUUAAGAAUCGCAAAUCCCGGAAACGAAAGCGAACCUCGACAGCUGUAGCAAAGAACAAAUCAAGCAAAGCCGCAGCAAAAGACACAUUCGUUGGCCGAGUACCGAGGAAGAAGGAAGUCAGAGGGUUUCGGCCUACAUAUCUUCGUGAUUACAAAGAAGAAGUGUUAUCUGAUGAUGACUUGAUGGAGGAUACCCUUCCUGACUACCUACAGAAGCGUCGGCUUCAAUUUGACCGGCGGCUGGAGCAUCUACAGGACGCUGGUCUGAAACUACCUCCAAGCUAUGACCAUGUCUACUUCUCUGAUGAUGAGCAGCUAGACUACCUUCGUAGGAAACCAGCGUUCUCUGGCAUCAAGCCUUGCGCUGAAUAUAAAGAUAUCAGCCUACCCUGUUCCCUGGGAGUAAUUCCAGCGCCCAUUGCCCAGUGGCUUCGUCCUUAUCAGGUGGAAGGUGCUGCAUUUUUGCAUCAGCUGUUUGUUUACCAGAAAGGGGGUAUCCUUGGAGACGAUAUGGGUUUGGGGAAGACAGUUCAGGUGAUUGCCUUCCUCACUGCGGCGUACGGGAAGACAGGAGACGAAAGAGACGACAAGAGGAUGAGAAAGAUGCGAAGGAGUGAAGGAGAUUUGUGGUAUCCGCGGACGCUCAUUAUCUGCCCUGGGACUUUGAUUGAAAACUGGAAGUCAGAAAUGUCCCGUUGGGGAUGGUGGCAUUUCGAUGCCUAUCAAGGGAGCAAUAAGGACCUAGUUCUUCACGCUGCAAAAUCCGGACGCGUUGAAAUAUUAAUUACAACAUACAGCACAUACCUGAAGAAUAGGGAUGCUGUGAACAUGGUUGACUGGGAUUGUGUCAUUGCAGAUGAAUGCCAUGCCAUCAAGGAGAGAAGCUCAGAGACCACAAAGGCGAUGAAUGACAUCAAUGCACUGUGCCGUAUUGGCUUGACCGGCACCGCCAUUCAAAAUAGGUACGAGGAGCUCUGGACCUUGUUAAACUGGACGAACCCGGGUAGAAUGGGUCCUGUGACGACGUGGAAGAGUCACGUCUCUGAGCCGUUGAAGAUCGGUCAGUCGCAUGAUGCUACAGUACAGCAACUAAGACGAGCCCGUGUGACAGCCAAAAAACUCGUGGAGAAUCUUCUUCCUCAGUUUUUCCUCCGGCGGAUGAAGACGUUGAUUGCCGACCAGCUUCCGAAGAAAAUCGAUCGCGUCGUUUUUUGUCCUCUUACCGAUACCCAAGCACAAGCAUAUGAGAGACUUUUAGACAGUGAUAUCAUCCAUUACAUUAAGACCUCGACCAAUAAAUGCGACUGUGGUUCCGGGAGGAAGGCCGGGUGGUGCUGCCAUCAAUAUUUACCCUCAGGCAGGCGUUGGCAAACUUACGUGUUUCCAGCUAUGCAAAUCCUGCAGAAGCUGAGCAAUCAUCUUGCUAUCCUCAUUCCACAGAGCACGGACUCGUUUGAGAAGCAGGAAAAGGACAAGGAGAUGCUGGAGAUUGCGGUGCCUGAUGAGUGGGAGAGGCUAUAUCGCACGAGAGAUUCAAUAAUCAACUAUGCUGAUGCUGAAUAUUGCGGUAAGUGGAAAGUCCUCAGGAAACUUCUGAAAUGGUGGCACGGGAAUGGGGACAAGGUUCUUGUGUUUUCGCACAGUGUCCGCCUCCUGAAGAUGUUACAGAUGCUUUUCAACCAUACAAGCUACAACGUCAGUUACCUGGAUGGAUCGAUGACCUAUGAAACCCGGGCCAAGGUUGUCGACGAGUUCAACUCCGAUCCGCGACAAUUCGUGUUUUUGAUCUCCACACGGGCUGGCGGAGUUGGGCUGAAUAUCACAUCAGCAAACAAGGUCGUAAUCGUUGAUCCUAACUGGAAUCCGUCCCACGAUCUCCAAGCCCAGGAUCGGGCGUAUCGAAUAGGCCAGACACGCAAUGUAGAGGUCUUUCGCCUCAUAUCCGCCGGUACUAUUGAAGAGAUUGUCUAUGCCCGGCAGAUCUAUAAGCAACAACAAGCGAACAUUGGAUACAACGCCAGCUCCGAGCGACGCUACUUCAAGGGCGUGCAAGAAAAGAAAGACCAGAAAGGUGAGAUUUUUGGCCUCCAGAACAUUUUCGAAUACCAAAACGACAACAUUGUGCUGCGUGAUAUCGUCAACAAGACCAAUAUCGCCGAAAGUAAAGCCGGCGUACAGGUCAUGGAUAUCGAACUGGAACUGGAAGAAGCGGGCUCCGAGGACGGUUCCUGGAGUAGAAAUCCAGACGACGAUGAUGAAGCCAUGAGCCAACUUGCCGCCAGAAUCCGAGGCGAAACAGACGACGAAGUUAUUUUUCCCCACCGGCAACAAUCCACAACUCCAUCCAAACACGACCCAAUCCAAGCUAUCCUCGCCGGCGCAGGCGUCGAAUAUACACAUCUAAACAACGAAGUUGUCGGCUCUUCUAAAGUCGAGGAACAACUAAGCCGCCAAGCUCAGCUAGCUGAGGAUGACAGCCUGGCCAACCUCCAAGUCUUCUGCGACUCGCAAGAUGAGGUCGCCGGUGCGGUUGUAGCUCCGACAUUCCAGAAAAACGGCCGACCGGUGACAUUUAAGUACCAUCCCCCGGAAGACGUGAUGAAGCGCCAGUUCUGUAGCAUGGCGAGACGGUUUGGGUUCCCGAAUGCGACGGAAUUUGCGCUUGUUGUUGAGAGCAUGACGCAGGCUGAGAGGAGGGCUUGUCUUGAUCGAUGGUAUCGCGAGAGGAGGCAGGCACUCCUUGAGUAAGCUUCUGAGGCGGGCGCCGCAGCGGGAUCGUAGUUACUCUUGGUGAGAUUGGUACUAUUCGUUUACGAGACAUGAUUGACGAGUAUCCGCUAUUAGUAUAGAACAAAAGGAAUGACUUUCCUUUACAAGUGUAUUUAAUAUAGUUGAGAAUGAUUCAUUAACAUU